UCUCUCUGAACCUUUCCCUUUCUGGUUUCCUUCGUUUGGUGUGAUUGCUGGUCGUCCUCAUCAUGUCCAGCGCCGCAGAUUCAUCGAGAGGUAACGGCCCAGCCUCAGGCACCACCAAGGAGGAGGCUGCCUCACUGCCGCCCCACCCCGCCGCCCUCACCACACGAUGCGCAGCCGUUCUGGGAGGCGGCUCGUUCGGGACAGCUUUGUCGCAGCUGCUCGCCCGGCAGGGCACUCAGGUGCGGCUGUGGAUGCGCGACAAGGCCGUGAUAGAGUCCAUCAACGAGCGGCAUGAGAACCCCAAGUACCUGGCGGGUCAGAACCUGAGCGAGAAGAUCAAGGCCACCAGCUCGGUGGCGGAGGCUGUGAGCGGCGUGGCGGUGGUGCUGCUGGCUGUGCCGACGGCCUACUUCAGGGGCUUCCUUUUGGAGCACAUGAGUGUCCUGCCUGUCGGUGUGCCGCUCAUAUGCUGCUCAAAGGGCAUUGAGAACGACACGUAAGCAUCUGCCAUCGAUCUACUCACACACAGCGGAAACAGAGAGGACCGCGUCAUUGCGUUGUGUGUGUUUGUGUGUGUGUGGUUGAUGGUAUCAGGCUGUUGACCCCGUUUGAGAUAAUGGAGUAUGAGCUGCCGGGCAAGUAUCACCGCUACAUCGUGGUGCUGUCCGGCCCCUCCUUCGCCAAGGAGGUCAUCAACGGCAAGCCGACCAGCGUCACCAUCGCCGCCCGCGACCCCGCCAUCGCCAAGCUGGCGCAGUACUACGUGUCAGACAAGCUCUUCCGAGCAUACAGGUCCACAGACGUCAUCGGCGUCGAAAUCUGCGGCGCCAUCAAGAACGUAUACGGUGCGCAGAGAGCGCCUGCCUGCUGCUAGCAUGAUGAAUGAGCACAUCCCAUUCCUGUGUGGGCGCGUGUGUGUGUGUGUUUUGUAGCGAUAGCAGCCGGUGCGUGUGACGGGUGUGACUUCGGCUUCGACGGUCGUGCGGCGAUGAUCACCCGCGGGCUGGCGGAGAUAGCGCGUCUGGCGGUGAUCAAGGGGGCAAAUCCCCUGACCAUCAGCGGCCUGGCCGGCGUCGGCGACCUGGUGCUCACCUGCACGGGCAACCUAUCGAGGAACUGGCAGGUGAGAAAGAGAGAGAGAGGGUACUAGGAGGGAGGGGCGGAAGCCAUGUCAGUCACACGUGUUUGUGUUGCGUGUGUUAGGUGGGCAAUCGGCUUGCCCAGGGGGAGAAGCUGGAGGACGUCAUCAAGUCCAUGAAGAUGGUAAGUAACUAACCCUUACACAGCCGGGCAGGCCAGCAGCAAAGAGAAACAAACGGGACACACGGGGCAUCUCUCUCUCUCUCUCUCUCUGUAUGUGUGUGUGUGUGUGUGCCAUGCCCCCCCAUACCGUUCAUGGUGUGUGUGUGUCAGGUGGCCGAGGGCGUCAACACGGCCAAGUCGCUGAUGCAGAUGGUGAAGAAGUACAACAUCGAAAUGCCCAUCGCUGAAGAAGUCUACAAGGUACUAGCGCACACCAACUCACCCAUCAUCCAUCCAUCCACCCAUACGCAGGUGCUCUAUGAGGGCAAGUCGAUAGAGGAGGCCAUGAACAGCCUCUCAUCACGCGCACUCGGCGAGGAGAUCGAUGACACGGUCAAGGAGGUGGUAGGUCUCCCGGCCGGCCCAUCCGCCCCUGUGGUGGCUCGCCAAGCCGGCUCCGGGCUGCGGCAGUCGUCCCUUACGCUGCCUGGCGCUGGGGGGAUCGGUGUAGACGACCAGCACACGCCCAGCAAGCUUGUCGAGCACCUCCCGUGACGUGAGUGACGUGGAGCGAGCGGAGAGAUAUGUGGUGUGGCCUAUUUGUCGAAUUUCUCAUUGUGGGCCCUCUUCUUUCUGGUUGGUUGGUUGUGUCCUGUCGUGUGCCUCGGUCGGCAUCUGGGAGUGUGUAUUGUAAGCUGAGGUAGAUAUUUGAGGUGGGUGUGCGGGCGGGCCUUUCGGUGUGUGUGUGUCUGUCGGUCUGUCCGCACACGCAUGCGUCCCGAUCUCUCGAGAUGGCGACACACCUCCGCUGGUCGAUAGGUGGAGGUGUGUCUCGUCAGAGCAGUGGGGAUGGAUGCUGUGCGGACCGUGACACACCAGCUUAAGACAGACCAUCAAGGCGUGUGGAGUGGGAUGCACCUGUCUGUCAGCAAAUAUCAUCUCUG